AUGGCACCUUCGAAAAAGCUGAAAAACGAAGCCACCGAUGACCCCGAGCUGAAGGGAAAAAAGGCAGCGUGGAAGCCGGCGCUCUCGACGCCCUUUGCCCACCGGUGGCCGGAAAUUCCUGAUGAGGUCGGCCAUCAAUUUCUACGGGAGCUCCUGACGCUUCUGGAAGACCGAAGCGGGCCAAAUGAUUCAGAAUGCUCGGGCAACCCCCUCGUUCCCCCGCACACCGCUCAAUCAGAACAUCAAGCCAGCACGAUCGAAGAGAAAUGCCCGCUAGGAACUGCCCGUCGGAUCUCUCAGUCUACUCACAUGGUCGAACUCCGCUCUGGAAAAAAACUUGCAAUUCCGGACUACGUGCCUCCAAGACGCUCCAAAUUCUACGGCAAAAAUCUCGGCAAAGAGCCACCAAACCCAGCACCUCUCAGUAAUAAACGAUUCAGUGUCCUUUCAGGAAUCAACUCAACGACUAAAGCGAUGGAAAAAGAGAUACGACAGACACGAGAAGCCGUACCCCGUUCGUUUUUGGCAAGCCCUCCAACCAUGGCACAGGACGGCCACAAUAUACCCGGAUCCGAGGUUACUAAAGAUCCAUGUUGCCAGCCAUUGUCGUUUAUUUUUGUCUGCAGGAAAGACAUCAACCCAGCCAGUCUAGUCGACCAUCUGCUUCCGACCGUAGCCAAUCUCAAUCGAUCUCGGUUGCACAGUGGAUAUUCGGGAGCCGACCCGCUUGCUGGACAGCGCUCAGCCAUCCUUAUUCCGCUUCCGGAAGGGGCCGAAAACCUGAUAGCGGGCGCUUUGGGCCUCAAGAAGGCAGCAGUAGUGGCGCUCCAAGGAGAAGAUGCCCGAAUGUGUUCACUGUCCCAACUAGCAGGGAAGCACAUCAAACCAGUGUUGCCCCCCAACCCUAACGGCUCUCCGAAUCAUGCAGAUGGAGAGCCUUCCACCGUGCUUGCGAACGAGAGCAUGGGCCUAUUCCCAACUCACGUCAAACACUACAAGACUACUGUCCCCACAGACAUGCGCAAACAUCAGGCAGAAAGAUCGGAGAGGAAAAAGCAGAUCAAGGCCGCCAAAAGGAAAAGGAAUGACCAAGACGUUGCGCUCGUGACAACAGAUGAUGCACCGACAAAAACUGCGAGCAAAUCGGAAAUCCAUGCCCCGGAUCCAGUCACUCCGGCGCCCGGAUAG